ACCGAGGGCAUUUCCGUCAUUACUGUGAAAAAUCCGCUCCAGGUUACCGGCUCCUCAGCUGACAAACCGGACAAAUGACCAAAACGCCCCUCCAGUGUUGCGCCCCCCUCCCUCGUGGCCACCGCCACCUCGCGCCACCUGUUGGCCGCGCUCCCCCAUCACAUGCAUCCCAUGAGCCACCGGUGCCCAGCCCCGCCUAUUAACGUGAACCCUCCCUUCACCACCACGACGCACCACCGUCGCCCGUCGCCAUGGCCACGCACCCCGACGACUCCAAGGCCCUGGUGCCCUUCACGCCAUGGCGUCCGCCUCCAACCCCCAGCGCCACCGGACUGGCCACGUGCGCCUCCGCUCAGCCCCGGGCGCGCCCCCUGAAGGAGGAGCUCUGGCCGAACACGGCGAUCGACGCGCUGCUCGAUCGCUUCGAGGAAUACUGCUUCAACAGGCCGCAGGCCCAGUUGGGCAAGAAGCACUGGGAUCGCAUCGCCAUGGAGGUUAACCGCAUGUGCAGGACCGAGUACACGGGCAUGCAGUGCAAAUACAAGUGGCACCGCCUGAAGAAGACCUACGCCAAGGAGAAGCAGCGGGCGGGCCGCUCAAAGUGGGCCUUCUUCCCGCACGUUGAGUUGCUCGUCAACAAAUCGUCGAGGGCUCACAUGGGCGAGCCCAAUGGGGACCCGGACGAGCACACCCCAGCGAGCCCACUGGUCCCCAAGACCGAGCCCGAUGGGCCCGGUUUCGAGGGUGGUGGUAAGAGGAGGAGGGGCGUGGCUAGGGUUUUGGGGCAGGCGGUAGAGAAGGGCAUCGGACGGGUGGCGGAGGUCGUGGGCGACUUAGAGAGGAAACGGACGGACGAGAUGAGAAGGAUUCUUGAUGCGCAGUUACAAGUGGUCACGGCUAUGUUUCAGGGCUUGAAGGAGGUUAGAGAAGGGGCUAGUUUAGCACCUAGUUUGAACCAUGCUAUGAAAGAUUGGGGUUUGAACCCACCUCAGAAUGAUUUAUGCAUGGGGAAGCUUUAUCCUCCCAUCAAUUUUGGUAUGGUGGAUAAGCGGGUCUAUAGGUCAGGGUUCCCAAAUUGCCGGAAUUUUGCCUUCCUUGAGACCCUUCAUCUCAAUUCCAUUAUUUGUCUCUGCUCAGAGCCAUACCCGGAAGCUAGCAUAGAGUUUCUUUCAGCUCAUGGCAUCCGUCUCUUCCAUAUUGCUUCAGAUUUCAAGGGCCCUAUGCUGUUAUUUCCUGACACAGUGAGGGAGGCACUGAGGGUUUUACUGGAUUCUAGAAAUCAUCCAAUAUUGAUCCAUUGUAAAAAAGGGAAGAGGCAGACGAGCUGCUUGGUGGGUUGUCUUCGCAGGGUGCAAAAUUGGUGCUUCUCUUCUGUGUUUGAGGAAUAUGAGAGGUAUGCAGGAGGAAAGAAUCAUGUUAACGAUUUACAAUUUAUCGAGCAAUUUGAUGUGUCAAAUGCAAGAGAAUAUUGUUUCAGUCAGCUUCCUGUUACUUGAGAUAAGAAAUUGGAGUUUGAGAGUAGUCUAAUGUAGUGAGAGAAGCACAAAAGGGGUUGUUCCCAUUUUGAUGUAUAUACAUAGCUGUAGAUGGUGUUAAGAAAGGCAUGAAAUUAUGGACCUUUUUGUUGAUAUAUCAUACGUAACCUUUUCUUCGAGAAGUAUCUUCAUUGCUCCUGGAUGCUGACUGUCACAACCAC